GCCAUAGGCCGAACUCUCCCUCCUCGUCGAUCUCUCCACCCCCAUUCCUCGUCUCCGGCAAUUCCACUCGAAGGAAACCCUAGUCAUCCCCACCAAUCGUGUUGUUGACAUUCUUGGGGGCAAGGAGAAGGGCGCUAGAGAUCUCGCAACUAGCUACCAUGGCCGAUGAUGAACCUGUUGAUCAAAAGAAUUACCUCGAGGAGCGUUGCAAGCCGCAAUGUGUGAAACCACUGUAUGAGUAUGAGAGAUGUGUUAAGAGAGUCGAGAACGACGAAAGUGGGCAGAAGCACUGCACUGGGCAGUUCUUCGACUACUGGUCAUGCGUCGACAAGUGUGUAGCACCAAAGCUCUUUGAACAGCUCAAAUGAGAGACGGGGCGGCGCAGAUUGCCUUGCUCCCCAAUAAAUUGAUCCACUGCUUUGCUGUUCCUACUUUUGUUCGGAACAAGCUGUGUUGUUAUUUCUGUUUAUGCUGAACCUGCAGCAUGGAGCUUUGUCUCUCUGUUCCAAAAACUUGUUAGAACCUCAGAGGAGGGCAGCAAACACGAAUGUUUUGGCAGCUGGAGCAAAGAUUUUGUAUUUUAUUCGAGUGGAGUGGGCAAUUAUAUUCAUUGUCCAUUUUACCUGAAUUUGUGGACUUAAAUUGCUCAUGGAUUUUCAGGCA